GCCCGCACAUUCCAUUCUCAGAAUUGUCUCGGCAUGGGCGGCAUACGCACUUGCGGCUUGCCGCGGGAGCGUCCGCGACGCAAAGUGAGUGAUGACAGCAGUGAGUCCGCCGGAGGGAAGUAUGCAGUCCUUCUUCAGCUUGAUGCGGACCGCGCAGCAGCAGCUAUCCAAAGACUUGGCACAUCGCCAACUUCACGAUCUCUGCGCGACGCGCAUUCAGGCACUCUGGCGGCGUGCUGCCGCCCGAGUGCGCAUUGCCAAAGAGGUCGCAUGCAGGUAUCGGGAGCAGGUGCUGAGCAGGUGCUGCGCAAAUCUAACACCACGCCAGCAAGCGAAGGCUUUCGUGGCAGCUCGCAAUCACCAGAUCAAAUGCUUGCGCACAGAGGUGGCCAAAUUCAGUGGCAUCGCCUUCUAUCUUCACAGAAGGCAGCGUGAAGCACAGAUCCAGGAACACUUGGACAACGAGAAGCAUCGCUUGCGGGCCCUGCUGCUCAUACAGGCCUGGUGGAAAGGUUGUGUGGUCAGAGGAUUUGAGGCGGCGCAUCGCGCCAAGCAAGAAAGAGAUGAAAGGAGGAAAGCUAGCAAACAGCAGGAGUCCUCGCUGGCCUUCUUUUUCGACAAUGAGCCAAGGACCAUUCAGGAGAAGCCUAUGGCUGAAGACCAGAAGGAGACUUCAGAGGCUGGGUCCAGGUAUUGCGUACCAGUGAGGAGACUUAGUGAAGAUGCCAAUGGAUCUGCAUACCGAGCUCGGAUUCACCGACGGCCUCGUAGAGUUCACAUCUAUUUCUCUGACACUGGAGGUGGUCAUCGAGCAUCAGCUCUCUCUCUGGAGGCUGCUUUGCAGCGGCAGUAUGGCAACCAGGUGUCCAUAGAGCUUGUCGAUUUCAUGCGGACAGCUAUGCCUUGGCCACUGUCCCAGGCGCCAGAAACAUACCAGACAUUGGGGCACUUCCCAUCCGUCUAUAAGCGCGCUUGGGACUUUGACCAAGACAGCAACACUUGGCGAGACACCAGAAGUUAUCAGAUGAUGUGGAGUUACAGCAAGGAGUCCAUUCUGAAAUACUUCCAACAAUGGGCCUGUGAGUUAGAUCUCAUCAUCUCCGUCCAUCCAUUGAUUCACCAUUUGGUCGUGGAAGCAUUGGAGGAGAUGUCGACAGGUUCUGGCAUUCAGCGGGAGGACAUGGGUCUGCCAGUUGUGACAGUGGUCACAGAUCUAGGAUCUGCACAUUUGUCCUGGUUUGACCCGCGAAUCGACAUGCUGUUUGUGCCAAGCGAGGCGAUCUACCAACUUGCCAUCAAGCAUGGUGUGCCAAAAUCGAAAAUAAACCUUUGCGGUCUUCCCUUGCGUGAAGGCUUUUGGUGUGCGGAUCCAAUAGCCCCUGAACAAAAAUGUUGCCUUCAGGAGCAGUUGGGCCUACGACCCACAGAGAGACCUGAGGUUGUUCUCCUCAUGGGUGGAGGGGAAGGCUUUGGCCAGCUCAUGAAUGUGGCAUGUGCCAUUGGCGACAAGUUGGUUGGUCUUGGUUAUGGACAGCUGGUGGUUGUCUGCGGGAGGAAUGAGGAGGUGCGGAAAGCACUCUCAGAGCGACGUUGGAGUCCACGAAACUUUGGGGAGUGGCUUUUCGAGCCCUUGAUCCUGGGAUUCGUGAAGAACGUUGACCAGUACAUGACUGCUGCGGAUUGCCUAGUAACCAAGGCUGGUCCAGGCUCCAUUGCGGAGGCCUUGAUCAAAGGUUUGCCCUGCCUUUUGACUACCUUCAUCCCGGGGCAAGAGGAGGGUAACAUCAGCUUCGUCACUGAGAACGGCGCUGGUUCCUACGUCCCAGAUGAGGAGCCAGAGCAGGUGGCGGAAAAAAUCGCCGAAUGGCUUUCGGAUGAGGAGGCCAUGAAAAGGAUGUCUGAGAACGCGCGACGCCUGGCAAAGCCAGAUGCUGCAUUGGACAUCACUCGCAGGAUGUGCGAUAGCCUGCUUGAUCUUGGCAUCGAGCUUGACGAGGUAAAGCAAGGCCAAUUCGGAUCGCUGCGAAAGCACUUGAUGCAACGGAAGGAGACUGAAGGCAUAGGCGCAAACUGUGCGUUAUCGCCAUGCUGUGCUUCACUCGCAGGAACGGCGACAGUCUAAGCUUCGGGGCGAACCCUCUCAGGCUUCUGACAAAGAUGCAGAAGGCUCAUGAGACGCCUUUGCUCAGCAACUCGACGCACAAGUUGACAAUCUCCGCUCAAGUGCUAG